AUGGAUCUCAUAUCGGAUAUUCUUUACUUUGCGCUUCGCCCGAACCAGCUUCGCACGAUAAUCCAAUGGAAACUGCGGCGUCAUCCUAUCCACGAGAGAAAUAAACAGCAGGAGUCUUCAACCAAAAUCUGUUUCGACUUCCUGGAUCAAACCGGUCGCAGCUACAGUCCCGUUGUCAAGGAACUGCAUCCCGAGCUACGUUUGCCCACGACACUUCAAUCCCCCCUCGAGACAAAAGUGCCGCUCCUUCGAAACUUCAAAGAUGUCCUGGAGCAGGAUGGGUGGACCUUCACCGGCAAUCGUUCCGAAGAAAAGGACCGCGAGCUAUUAGUGCAGUUCGAUAACGUGGUUGCUGAAUUUCGGCAAAUGAAACCUGUCUAUCAAGCGAUCAUCAAGGAUACCACUGAUAAAAUGGGGAAUGGCAUGGCCGAUUUCGCGGAAAAGGCGGCUGUUGGAGAUAUAGCCGUCAAUACGAUUGAAGAGUACGACCUCUAUUGCUGGUAUGUAGCUGGCUUGGUCGGCGAGGGCCUAACCCGCCUAUUUGUCGAAGCUGAUCUGGCGGAUGCAAGUGUGAUCAAUCAGUCUCACCUGCAAAAGUCCAUGGGCCUCUUACUGCAAAAGAACAAUAUCAUUCGCGAUAUCCGUGAAGAUAAUGAUGACGGUCGACAAUUUUGGCCGAAAGAGAUUUGGUCCAAGCACGUCGAGAAUUUCGAAGACCUGUUCAAACCCGAGAAUCACGAGCUGGCCCUUAAAUGCAGCUCUGAGAUGGUGUUGGAUGCUCUGAGACAUAUGACUGAUUGUUUGUCGUAUCUUGCUGGCUUGCGCGAGCAGAGCGUGUUCAGAUUUUGUGCUAUUCCCCAAUCUAUGGCGAUGGCUACACUGGAGUUAUGUUUCCGCAACCCGGCUCUCUUCGAACGAAAUAUCAAAAUCACCAAGAGGGAGGCGAUUGGACUUGUCGUCGAAUCUGGUGCAGGUCUUCAGGGGGUGUGCAAGGUCUUUUGUCGUUUUGUCCACCGAAUUAAACAGAAGAAUGACCCCAGAGAUCCCAAUUACUUGGAGAUCAAGACUGCAUGCGAACAGAUUGAGAGAUUUGCUGAAUCUCUAAAGCCCCAGAGCGUCAGACUUGCGAAUAGCAGGAAUGAGACUUGGUUCACUGCUGGACGAGUCCUUACUAUCAUCCCAGUCACCUCAAUUCUGGUACUAGGACUUGCUUGGCUCGUGCAAGCCAGCUUGAACCCGUCUUGA